UCAAAUGUUCAUCAAGAGAUGUAGACUAUCGAUAACCAGUCGAUAGCACUGGAAUUCGAAUACUUACUCCACUAACGACUUAACAAAUUUUCUCAUUUCCGUAUGACGAAAGCAACCGCACCUAAACAUCAGCAAGCUGAAUUGUUCUUCAUCACCGUUCAAUUUCCACUUCGCCAGAUUUUCUUCAGUUGGUCAGUUGCACCUUUAAAACCCACAAAAGCUCUGUGUCACUUCGAAGUUAGAGUUGACAACCACUCUUCGUGCGCGACAGACGUCUUUUUUCCUUUCCUUUGGUUGCUCUUGUAUCGAUGCAAGAUGUCACAAUACAGAAAAAACACGUUGGUAGUGGAUUUUGGUGUCUUGCCAAGGCGCCCCGCUUUGGAAGAAGUGGAAAAGUUCCUGAAGUGUUUUGUAAAACUUGAUAUGGCCGAUGUUAGGAGCAUUCAGAUCCAUAACAUUAAAAACUGCCUAUUUAUCGAGAUGAACGACCCUGGUGUAGCCCCACGGCUACAAAAACUGCAUCACCUACAACACUGCUUCGUUCUCGAGGGAGUAAAAUACUACAUCCCGGUAUAUGUGGAUGGACCAACAACGACCGUGAGGAUUCAUGAUCUUCCGCCGCAAAUGUGCAACAACUCCAUCGCCGACCACUUGCAGCAGUACGGGAGAGUGAUCUCCAUUCACAACGAAGUGUGGAAGAACUUCUUCUCGGGGAUACCCAAUGGUGUACGCGUCGUUCGGAUGCGGUUGGAUAAACCGAUACCGUCGCAUAUUGUUGUGAACAGCCACGGCACGUACGUUAGCUAUCCCAACAAUAACGAUCAACCAGCGAUCCGUAGCACUAAACAAAAGCAACAAAAAACACCAUCCAGCUCGGUCAAGGGACAGAAGAACGACGAUGACCAGUGCGAUACAAUUGAACCAGAAGCGGCUAGAUCUGAUAGAGACGGUGGUGAUGAUGAUGACGACGAUAACGAUGAUGGAAAUACCGAUGUUGAAAACGAAAACGAUGUAAACCCGGAGCCCGAUUCUGCGAAGCGGCGGUUGUCAACCGAGUCAACGAAUGAAACGCGAGACGAAAAUUUAGCCAAGCGAUCGUGCAACGAGAAUGCUCAGAAUUCCGAUUCUUCUUGGAAAGUGAUCACGAGAUCGAAGAAAAAAACUAUGUCAUAGCUGUAUAUGUACUUUAAAUAAUCAGACACGAAUGCACCUUUUCGGUAUAAAGUGUCUCUAAUAAAUAAUAAUAAUAAUAAUAAU